AUGGCGACCACGGCGGUCCUUAAAGCAUGGGAGGCAUGUGAUUUGACUGAUACAGUCUUCGUCCUCGUCUGCACCGUCUUCUGCUGGCCAAUCAUCCCAGCGGUUGGCCUUGCAUACUCCGGCUACAGCCAUCGCCGCAAUGGCAUGGCCUCCUUCAUGCCCUCUCUCUUAGUCAUCUCCGUCUGCUCCAUCCAAUGGUUUAUCAUCGGCUACUCCUUGGCCUACGGAGAUGGCUCCGGUGUCGUUGGAGACUUCAAGUAUGCCUUCCAUAGAGGGGUUCUGUCUGACCCCGUUGGAACCAUACCGGCGAUCUUGUUCAGUGAAUUCCAACUGGUCUUCGAAGCCACGGUCUGUGCUAUUGCUGUUGGAGGGGCCUGUGAAAGAGGGAGAGCGCUACCGCUGAUUCCUUUCAUCUUCCUUUGGUCAUCGUUCAUAUACUGCCCUCUAGCCCAUAUGGUCUGGUCAGAAACCGGCUUCCUCGCCAACCUCGGCGUCUUGGACUUUGCAGGCGGAACACCAGUGCACAUUUGCAGCGGUGCCACAGCUUCUGCCCUGUCGAUCUAUCUCUCCUAUCCCGUCUUCCGGUCUCGCAAGUCUGAUAAGCGUACACCGUCACAUCUCGCUCUCCACAGACCAGGCAACUCCAUGUCUCAGCUAAUUGCUCUAGUCAUCAUCUGGAAUGCCUGGUUGGCUUUUGAUGCAGGAACUACUCUCAGCUUGAACUUCAAGUCUGUUAUGGCGCUGUGUGUUACCAAUCUUUGUGCUUCGGCUGCGGCGUUGACUUGGGCAUGUAUGGCCUACUUCGAGACUGGAAAGUGGUCGCUGGACUCCACCUUUAUGGGUGCCAUCUCUGGGUUGGUCAUGAUCACCCCUUCUGCUGGAUUCAUCGAUAUGCCCACCGCCUUCUUUCUUGGAAUCGGCAGUGCUGUCGUCUGUCGCCAGGCCUUGCGCAUCAAGUUCACCAAGUUCGCUGCACGAUGGAGAUGGGUUGACAAUGGGGAUACUUUUGCAAUUCAUUGCGUUGGUGGGAUUCUCGCAACUAUUUCGACGGGGCUCUUUGCUCGCAAGGAAGUUGCUGCUUAUGAUGGAGCAACAGUCAUCGAUGGUGGUGUCUUCUUCGACGGUAACGUUAAGCAGGUUGGUAUUCAACUGCUGGAAGCCAUGAUUGGUUUCACGUGGUCCUUCGUUGGAUCGUAUAUCAUCUUCGCGCUGAUCGACUGUGUUCCUGGACUCGAAGUGCUGGCCAAGGACGACGACAUCGUUUCGGGCAUGGAUGUUGCUGAGAUGGAGGAGUCAUUCCAUGAAUACCAUGAAGGAGACUAUCAUCCGUUCAAGAACGGAAGCAUUCUGCUGGAGUGA